UUGGAGGAGACACGACACUGAAAGGGGGGUGCUUUCAGCUCCUCUCUCCACCCAUCCUCCAUAACACCCCCCUCCCUGUCACCACCACCACCGCCAUCCUCCUCACACACAAAAGCAAUACAAUUAGCUGACUUAAGAGAGCUGAGGCUUAGCCAGCUGCAAGCGGAAAAUAAUAAUAAAAUACCUUGGAGGGGAGGGAGGCAGCAGAGGAAGCAGCAGCUAUGGAAGAAUACAAAUAACUGCCCUCAAUCCCCCCCCCGCCCCAAUCCAAAUCACAAAGCAAGGACUGCUGUGAGAAAGGCCGACCUAGAUGUAUCCCCACAGUCCUCCGCUGAGAAAGCUGCACAUAUCUGCAUCCGGAUCCAGGCGCUGGACCUCCUGAGCAGCCCGUCUCCGUCGGGAGGAAUGCCUAGCUGGGAUACAGGCAGGAUCUCCUUUGUUCCUCAUUAGCCACAAGCAUCGCUUCCAGCCUGAGCCCUUCCUUGAGGCAACUGCUGUGCAGCCAGCCCUUCUCUGAGCACGAUGGGAACCACAGAAGCCACUUUGCGGAUGGAAAACGUGGAUGUGAAGGAAGAGUGGCAAGACGAGGACUUCCCCAGACCUCUCCCAGAAGAGACAGGAAUGGAGUCUCUGGGCAGCCCUACAGAAGACGAGAAUACAUCCUCUCCCCCAAAUACUUUAAACUUUAAUGGGGCGCAUCGUAAGCGGAAGACACUUGUUGCACCUGAAAUCAACAUUUCCCUGGACCAGAGUGAAGGCUCCAUUCUCUCCGAUGACUUCUUGGACACACCAGAUGACCUGGACAUUAAUGUGGAUGAUAUUGAAACUCCUGAUGAGACAGAUUCCCUCGAAUUCCUGGGGAAUGGGAACGAACUGGAAUGGGAAGAUGACACUCCUGUAGCCACAGCCAAGAACAUGCCUGGGGACAGUGCAGACCUGUUUGGGGAUGGUGGGACUGAAGAUGGGAGUGCUACUAAUGGACGGCUCUGGAGGACUGUCAUCAUUGGAGAGCAGGAGCACCGCAUCGACCUCCAGAUGAUCAAACCCUACAUGAGAGUGGUGACACACGGAGGCUACUAUGGAGAAGGUCUCAAUGCCAUCAUUGUCUUUGCUGCUUGCUAUCUCCCGGACAGUAACCUGGCUGAUUACCACUACAUCAUGGAGAAUCUAUUCCUAUAUGUGAUCAGUAGUCUGGAGCUGCUGGUGGCUGAGGACUAUAUGAUUGUGUACCUAAACGGAGCAACACCCCGGAGGAGGAUGCCAGGCCUUGGCUGGCUGAAGAAAUGUUAUCAGAUGAUAGACAGAAGGCUGCGUAAAAACCUCAAAGCAUUGAUAAUCGUGCAUCCUUCAUGGUUCAUCCGGACAGUGCUGGCUAUAUCCAGGCCCUUCAUCAGUGUGAAGUUUAUCAAUAAGAUCCAGUAUGUUCACAGCCUGGAGGAAUUGGAGCAACUUAUCCCAAUGGAGCACGUACAGAUUCCAGACUGCGUCUUACAAUACGAAGAAGAGAGGAUCAAGGCCAGAAAAGAAAGGGCAGAAGAGAAACAAGACAUGGCUGAGAAGGAAAGCAGGCCUGUGCCCCCAGCAGAGGAUCAAGAAACCAGUAUGUCAUGAAUUGAAGUAGAGUGGAAUGAAUGGAGUAGAAGAAUGACGCAGCCUGGCAGUCACCCACGUAAAUGACCUUUUGGUGUAAGACCUUGUCACCAUCUUAUUCCGAGUUCUGUAAGACCACGGAGCCUGCCUCCCCUGUCUCCAAGAUGCAAAGUCCUUUAAACUUUUUGGAAACAUUUUACUUCAAAACAAAACAAAAACAAACAAACCACCCCACAAAACAAAACAAGCCAAGAAUAGCACUUUUCAGGACAGGUUCCAGUGUGUUUCAGUAAUGGUCUGUGGAGAGCUAUUAAGUAGUGCAAAUAGGUACCAUGUUUCCUCUUAGUAAGUUAAGAGCAUCCUUAGUCCAUUAGUCACCAGCCCAGAAAGAGAUAUAUAUUUUUUGUUUAAAUUAUAAACCCUUCCCCUAACUUGCUGCUGGCCAGCACUGAGACAUUUUGCUUUAAACUGCACACCCCGUUUCCUCCAUACAGACAAUACAACAGCCAUUGCCCCAGGGAAUAACUAAAACAGGCAAUGAAAAGAGUGCAUUCUCCUCCUUUCCAUAGCCAGUGUAUGUUUCUUCCUGAAAAUACCAAGUGCCCACCGGUCUAGGCACCUCUUCCAGCCUUGACUGCCUCAGUUAAUUCAUCGCCAGUUCCUCUUAAAUCAUGCUGAACCAUUCCUAUCAGUAAAUGCCACGUUUUUUUCCUGAUUUGUUCUGUCUUAGUUUGUAAGGCACUCUGAUAACUUUGACAGAGUCCCAUAUGGCAUGGCAGCCUCCACAGAACCUUCUUAGGAGCAUCUUCUCAUAUCAACGCACACACACCAAGGUCUGGUUUUAAGAAGGAGCCUUACAGACAGGAAAGUUUUUCACGCCUUGUCUUUGUAUUGAUUUCACGACACUGGACAAUCAUUCACUAUUAAUACCUCCUACUGCGGAGACAAGCUGCUAAAUGUUUGAAAUUUCCUACUUGCCGUCCCUGGGUAAUGAGGGCCUCAUCUAUAAACAUACCUGCCUGGGAAAAACCCAGGUGGAGAAUGCUGCAGAUGUGGAGGCAGGACACUGUGUCUGGGUUCAGCUUCUCAGUUAGCCAAGAGAUGCAGACAUGAUAUCGAGACUCUGCAAUUUGUAUUUUGGACUCAUGAGGAUUCUGUGAGCAAAGAAGGGAAGAAAAUUUAAGAAAACUAUCUGGCCAAAAUCGUUUGGAAACUCCUGAUUUCACCAGAGCCAGCUUACAUAAACUGUCUCAAAUCCAUCGGGUAAAACCCCUUGCAGACUACUGCAGAUGAAGAAUUACCUGCAUAUUUCACCACCUAAGGAAUAUUUCAAACCUGGCAACCCUAGCCCAUGGCUAUUUAAAAUUACCACCACUUCACCAGGUUCUGAAAUCCCCUGGAGGACAAUUCUGGCAAAGCAAGAUUUUCCUCAAGAUAGGGAUGUCUCUUCUGUAUAGAUAAAGCUUCUCUUUUUUUCUUUCAGUGAGCAAAACUGCUACAGAUGAGAUCUUUACUUUCCGGAAUGCUACAAAGGAGCACCAAAUAUGCUUUCUAACUUUACUUCCCAUUUGAUGUAUGUUUUUCUUAUGCACUUCCAUCGCAGAUGUAUUUACCGAGCAGACCUUUGCAUGAAAAACAGAGCACUGCAUCAACAGCAUUAACCCUAGAAGCUGAAGAUGGUAAAAACUCCAUAUUCUGUCUCACCGGCAUGUUAAUAAUAAGCACCAAGGAAGCAUUGACCUCCAUGGCUUUCCAGAAGUUUCAUUAUGACCCAGUUAUUGACAAAGUGAAUUCUAUGCUACAAGGAAAAAAUAGCACUUCAGGUUUUUUGGAGUUUAGGUUUUAUGCCAAGUAACACCUCCCUGCAAAAGGCAUUCUGUCCCAAGCUUUCCAAACAGUCAGCAGACAUCUGUUUCAAGACAGAAGCAGCAGUCAGAAAUUUUCAAACAUUAAUGUGUUAACCCAAUCUGCAAAGCUGGGUAUCCUUUUUCACACAUGGUCUGUCAGAUGGACUAAACAAACCCACUGAAAUUAAGAAAGAACUCUUCUGAUCAAAUUAAUUUUAGCUCAGACUAUAAACAAUCACAAACCUCCUUGUAGUAUAAGAGUAUGUGAAUUCACUAUCUCCCAUUGAUAAAACCUAGAUUUUCCUUUUUUUCUUUUGAGGCCGUUUUUAUGCAUUUAGAUUUAAAAAAAUCAUCUGCUGUGCUUUCCACAAAAGAAUGCAAUGCAGUUGGACACUGAAAGGGAAGUUUACAAUUAUAUAAUGAACAAAAUUGAUAGAACAUUUAAUAAUGUUUUAAAAGUACAACUCCAGAAACCUUUAAUGCAUCUGUAGUUACUAAACACUUCCGUGAAAAAUGUUCACAACACCUUGGAGAAUACUGCUGUUAUAGAACACAUGGAAGGUGAGAAACCUUGAUUACAUUUAGUCUUGGGACUUGAAGAAAUAGACUGCUUCUUGAUCCUCAGCAGUAACCGUACCAGAAGAAUGUGGUUUUUGGUUGUUUUGUUGUUUUGUUUUUUUCCAAAGAAAAGACUCUGUCUACAUUUUCAGAAAAACUACAGAAUGAGCAGACCUGAAGAUGAAAUUUAGUAUUUUUUCAAGUAAUUCCUUCAGGGCAAGGUUAAGAGUUCAGCUGUGAAAAGGACAGAUUAACAAUUUCAUUUCAAGAUACAAAGGAAGUAAUUUGUUUGAAUACAAAAGUCAAUUUGUAACUUCUUUAAAACAAUUUUUCAAAAAGUGCACUUUCUGAUAGAGCACUCUAAGUAGUAUGCACUAUAUUUUAAUUUUUAACAAAAUUUUAUGACUGUAUAAAUUUUAUGUUCCUGGAUGGAUGGAUGUCUGUAUGUCUUUUCAACAUAGAAAAGAGCCUGCAACCCGUAAUGGAUAAACUAUAGCUAAAUGUAAAAAGUGCAUUUUUGUAGCAACAACAACAAAAAAAAGUAUCAUUAACUUAUUUAAGACAGUGAUUUUAGAUGCUACUUGAAACCAAAGUAGCUACAAAUUCUUUGACAGAAACACAGAAACAAUCAAGUUGGCAGUGUCCCUUUACCAAAUACAGAGCAACAUACCUAAGUUUGAUGUUGAUAGACCUGCACAGGCUUCAAACAAAAUCAGAUCUACAUGCUGUAAUAAACACAACACCAAAUAUGCUGCAUUCAUCUUUAGAAGAUCAUUACAAAUUUAGAUCCAUCUUGCAGUGGAGGCGUGAGAUUGACAGUAACUCUCAAGGACAGCUGAUGAAAGUUUUGGAGGCUGCAGACAGAUGAUAAAAUUGCAUCGGUGGGGAGCUGUCAACCAGCGGCUUAAACCCAAGGACUUACCUUGCACAAAAGUCAAGCAGUGACAACAAACCAAACAGAAAUCUGAGGUUGCUUAAGCCAUUUUACAAAUUUCUUUGCCAGUUCCUUAAAGAGAGAUGCUCUCAAAGCCUAUUUGCAAAAGGGUUUACCAGCUGAGCUCUAUAUUUCCACUGGAGAUGCAGUUUAUAAGAGAAAUAUGCUAUACCAGCAAAAAAAAAAAAAACAACGUUGCUAGUAAAAGUGCAUUUACAUUAGAACUUUUGCCAGUAUAUAUACAUAUGUUUAAAAUAUACAGUGAAAUAAACUACAUCCUUUUAGCAAUACUGCUAUACUGGUCAAUGUUCCAAAUGUACACCAGGCCUUGUUUCUGCCUCAUAAAAACAUCUCCGAAGGAUAAAUAUUUUGACUUAUGAAUGCACUGUAUUAUAUCAAACAGCAGGUAUUAUCAACAACAUUUUUCUGGUGUUGGAUUCCACCUUUCAUGAGAUUUUCUAAUGGUGAAUCCAUGGAUAGCCACAUUUUAGCUGCAGAAAAAAUUAUUUUACACCCAUGAUAGCGUCUUCAGAGAAACCAUGGUAUUCUUACUCACAGUCUAAUUAAUGGCUGGAUUUCAACAUUCACCCAGCAUCAGCCUACAAACUGAAAAAUCGGAUCCCUUCCUGCAUAAUUGAUGACAGACUAGGAAAUACCUUCCCAUCUCUUUAAGGUAGUCACAGGACUUGACCUAGCCUUUGGAAAUGCAGGCACUUGUCACUGCUUUAUGCAGCAACUGUCAGAUUUAUAUAGUUAAAACUUUGUUUUGGCACAUGUAGGAAUCAUCCAGGUUUGGGACUGUCCAGUAAUUUUCAUUUUGAUUCACAAGGAAGACACAGGAAAUAAAACUGAGAUGCUGCUGUAUAUUCCAGUUGGAUAACUAAUAAUUUCUUCUGUACAGUACUGUGUAAAUGUGAGUGGAUAUUUAGAGCAUACCUCAUUGCAAUUUUUCCAUCAAUUUUUUUCCAAAGAUUAUUUGCUUACAGAUGUGCAUACACAUGUAUGAGAAAACCUAAGUGGUAAAGGUUUUAAACGCAACACAUCCUCUAUUUUACAUAUCUAAGGAUGAAAAAACAAAAAAGUUAAUGAAAUGCUAGUGGCAAUAAGCUCAGAUUGGCCUGACAGCAGGUGAAGUGUACAGGCAAAAUUGCUAUAAAUACAAAAGCACAUGUUUUCUCUUUUGUAUUUCCAUAUGUACUGGCAGUCAGAAAUACAGCAUGCUACUGGUAAAGUGAAUUUUAAAAAGUCACCAUGACAAUAUAACAUAAUCUAUCUCAGUUUUUUUUUUCCUUUGUAGUGGGCCCUUUUAACCCAAACCUACAUGUAAAAAUGUGUGAACUGUCAUUUUUCUAAAGUGUUUGUAAUUAAGUGGUUUAUGCUAGAAGACAUAGAUUGCUGUUAAGUAUGUAUUAUUUUUGCUUUGUAUUAUUCCAUAAGAACCUGUGGAUAUUCAAUUAAAAUGAGACUAAUCCUUAAGCAAAAAUGCA